UGAUUACGUAAUGACUUCCGGCGCCUUUCGCGAGCCGGGACGCGGGGAGGAGAAACUUAGCUUUUAGUGUGGCAGGGUCAUGAAGAGAAGGCGGUGGCGGGAGAGCGGAGGAGGCGGAGGGGGCGCGAAACUGCGGUAGCUGGCGCUGGGCUGGUGGUUUUGGCUGGGUGGGAGGGCGAGAGUCCCAGCCCUCGGGCAGCGGCAGGGGCUCUGGGCUGAGCGCGGCCGUGGAGCCGCCGCUCUCGGUCCCCUGGCUCCGCCAUGUUCCGCAGGGCACGCCUUAGCGUGAAGCCGAAUGUCAGGCCUGGUGUAGGCACCAGGGGCUCCGCCGCUCCCAAUCCCCAACGUGGACCGGAGGCACCUAGGCCUCCCGAGCCUGCCACCGGGUCUGCUCCGAAGCCAGCGGAGCCCACAGAUGUGCCUGCGGUCGAUUCCGGGGGAGCGGAACCCCAAGAACAGGCUCCCGGGAGCAGUAAUAAUGAAAAGACUGGUGAUGGAAGUAAUGUUGAAGAGUCUAGCACACUGCCCUCUGCUGCUUCACAGAGAAGAAAGCGAGUGUCUGGCACGUCUAGUCUUGGUCAGCCUCCUGUCAGUGCCCCCUCACAGAGUCGCCCCUUAUCUACAGUUAAUCACGAUGCGCCACAGCCAAACCCUACUCCAGCUAAAGAGAAACAGCCGUGCUCAGACAGAUACCGAAUAUAUAAAGCCCGCAAACUGAGAGAGAUGUUGAAAGAGGAGCUGAGAAAGGAGAAGAAACAGUGGAAAAACAAAUUUGCAACAAAUGAAAGCCAGAGACCACCAGAUCGUUCAAAAAUGACUAUGAGAGACUUCAUAUAUUACCUUCCAGAUAGCAAUCCGAUGACUUCUUCAGUGGAACAAGAAAAGAAAUGUGAGAAAUCCUUGGCUCCCACCCCAACAAGAGAUAGGCAAGAAAAUCAGAGCACGCAAGAUGCUAAUGAUAAUGAAGAUGUGGAAGAGGAGGUGGAUGACGGGCCACUUCUGGUUCCUCGAGUAAAAGUGGCAGAAGAUGGCUCUAUUAUUUUAGAUGAAGAAAGUUUAACUGUAGAAGUUUUGAGAACGAAAGGCCCCUGUGUUGUUGAGGAGAAUGAUCCUAUAUUUGAGCGUGGCUCCACAACUACUUAUUCCAGCUUUAGGAAAAACUACUACUCAAAGCCGUGGUCCAAUAAAGAAACAGAUAUGUUUUUUUUAGCCAUCAGCAUGGUAGGAACUGACUUUUCUAUGAUUGGACAACUUUUUCCUCACAGAGCAAGGAUAGAAAUUAAGAAUAAAUUUAAACGUGAAGAAAAAACAAAUGGAUGGAGAAUAGACAAAGCCUUCCAGGAAAAACGCCCUUUUGACUUCGAUUUUUUUGCUCAUUUGCUUCAGAAAGUUCUUGCUGAAGAAGAAAAAAGAAAACAAAAAUCUACUAAAUGUCAGAAUGUAAAGGAAAAGGCCCCCAAACCACGGAAAAAUGCGAAAGCAAAAACAGUAAACAGGGAAGAAGUGAAUGAUGACCCUGAUGAGUCUGUGAACAGUGAUACUGCAGAUCCAGAAAGACCUCAGAAGGACGCCCGGACAGUCCGUGAGGAGCAACUGCCAAGUUCAUCAGCACAGCACCUACACCUUGCUGUGCUAGAGCAAGAGCAAGAGCAAGAGCAAAGCCAAGACAAGAGGAGGAGGAACCAAGGCAAAGCCAAUAAACGGGAAGCAACAACUGUUUUAGAGAGCGUUCUUGAUCAUUCGAGCCCUCCUGCAGCAGAAAUACACAAGAGUACGUGUCCUUCUGAGGAAAAUGAAAAUGAGUGCAAUAAAGAACAGACCCCUUCCUUUACACAGAACACAGAGGACAUUGCAGGUUUAGCAUCCUGUGAGGAGACGUUGAUGAGAAUGGACCCCAGCCCUUCCACAUGUAAUCACCAAGACAUCAUGCCACUAGCAAGUGAGUCCUCAGAGCCGUGUGCUGCGGAUUUACCUGUGUCAGAACCUGGAGGUGCUGUCUCUGGUGAUGUGAAUAAUGCUGAACCUGGAGGUGCUGUCUCUGGUGAUGUGAAUAAUGCUGAGAGUGGCUGUGCAGGAGCAGGAAGUGCGGAUCUGAAGACUAAGUCACCAGAAACUGAACAGACAGACAGUGUCAAACCAAAAUCAAGAAGUCGACUCCAGAGACCUAAGCCUAACUUGUCCCGGCCAGUUGGGAAGAAGUCAGUUGUUUCACAAGACAGACAAGAUGGAAGCAACAAGGACUCACCUUCAGAAACUGCAGCCACGAAGAAUCACAUGGAAAAGGAGAGAGUGACUGAAUCUGAAAAUUUUGUAACAGAGAAUACAGAGAGAGAGAGCCCAAGUGCCGGAACUGUGUCUGAUUUGAGUGAAAAGUCCUCCGCCCAGGAGGAUAGUCAGACAAAGGUCUUAAGACCUACCCGGCUGAUGAGGAGUAGAAUGCAAAGACCAAAGCCAAAUGUAGUGAAAGCUGCAGAAAGAAAACAAAUUCUCACCUCACAGGAAAAAGUUGGGUCCCAUGUAGAGAAAAUUGAAGAUGACUCGUGUGUAGUGGUUCCUCCACAAAUGGGAAAUGAGUCACACAAAAACUUGCAGUGUGAAGGCGCUGCGUCAGAACCUGAACAAAAGGACCCUGUGGAAAGUCUGCAGUCUGAGCAACCCAGGGCUCUCAGUGAGUGUCCGAGUAUUCAAGAAGAUAAUAAAGGAAAUAAGCUGAAACAAGCCCCAAUUGUAAGGACAAGAUUUCAGAAACCAAAACCAAAUACAGGAAGAAGAAGAAGAAGAAGAAGAUCCUCCAAGGAAGGGAUACCAGUGGACAUGCCUGUUUCUGGAGACCUAACAGCAACCCGGGAAGAAAUUCCGCGACCAGACACUUCCCCGAGGGAGGAGGUACCGAGUGUACCUCUCGCCCCUCUCACUGCCACCGCUUCCACCAUGGAAUUGGAGUCAGGUGUGAAAGAUAGUAGCAGAAAUGACACAGCUUCUAAUGUGAAGAUGCCAGAAAUGGCGGAUGUCACUAUGGAAAUAGAUACAGGUUUGGAAACAACUGGAAGAGAUACUUGCCCAGGGGAGAUGGAGGCAGAAAUGAUUGACAUCCCUAUGGAAACAGAGGCAAGCUUGAAAGCAUCUUUAAAUGAGACUCCUCCUAUGGAGAAGAUGCCAGAGCUGAUUGAUAACACUGGGGAAAUUUGCACGAAUUUGGGAGAAACUGCAAGAAAAGAAAUAUUUUUACAGGAAAAUGGUUCCAAGGAGGUCAGUCCAGUUAGUGAACCAGAGACAGGUUUGCAAGAAACUGGAAAAAAGUUGGCCGUGAAAGAGAGCACAUCAGAUAUGAUGGAUGGCACUGAAGAAAGAGAGGCAGAUUCAGAGGAAACUGAAAGACAAGAAAUAUCUGCCCCAGUAAAGGAAGCAGAGGAGGCCAAAGCCAGGGGUGAAGUGGACUCACCCCUGGAAGAGAUUGGAGGAGAAACUUCCCAGCAAGCAAUAGCAGCAGGCGCUCCUGUGGAGCAGUCGGCCAGUGAGGAGGACCUAGGUGACAGCGCAGGCGUCGAGGAGGUGGAAGUGGAGAGCACUGUAGGAGGAAAGGAGCUCAAGCUGAAGGACGCUGGAGAAGGACACGUCUCCUUGAUGGUCGUGGUCUCGGGAGAGAAGACUGCCAUUGAGGAAACGAUUGGACAUUUGAAAGAAAAAGAAAGAGAGAGUUCUGUCCCUUGGGAGAGAAGAUCUGGAGAGAUCGAUGUUGGGGAAGAAAUGGUGGCAGACUUAGAAAAAACAGAAAAAGUAGACGUUUCUCCAAGAGACAGUGAACCAGAGGAACAGACCUCAGGGCAGCCUGAGGCAGAAGUAAUUCCAAGCAGGAGUGACGGCAGCACUGGGCCUCCACAGGAUAGAGAAAAUAUUAGCAAUAAAAUCUCAGUGAUACCUACACUCUUGGAAGAAAAAGAAACAACUGAUAAGGAGGUAUCCAGUCAUGGGGAGUCUUCUUCACAGAAUUCUGGACACCAUGUAGCAGACCAAGGGACACAGCUUCUAGAUGUUCAAGAGCAGUUUUCAGAUACUAAUUUAAGCAAACCUCUUCCUCAAGAACAGAAGCCACUUCAAGUUAAACCAGCUCCUUUUCUGAGAAGUCGAUUCAAAAAACCAAAGCCAAACUUGUCAAGAGCAGCUUUAAAGAGAGCAACCCUAGAAGCAGAACAUUGUGUACCUGGGAAGAAACCAGAAGCAUACAAAAUGGAGACUGUCGUGUUGCAGCAGGACAGAGACCAAGCUGCUUCUUUCUCUUCUCCACAUAAUGUACCUUCCCUAAUGGCGUCAAGAGAAAAUGAGAAAUCAGGUCAUGAGGAGGAGGAGGAGGCUGUGGUACUGCCAUGUACACAGAUUGAAAAAGAUCCUUCACCGCCAAAUUCAUGUGAACCUAAGGAGGAUUCUCAGUUAACCCAAAACCAGGAAGACAGCUUAGUUUCUCCUAUUGGGACUCCGACAGUGAAUAUGGUCCCACAAGAAACAAAGCCAAAUGUCGUCCAAACGACUCUACCAGUGAGGGGUCGACUUCAGAGACCAAGGCCAAAUGUGCAAAAGGCCAGACAGAGACAAACAGUAGAAAAGGGCAAAGCGGAAGGCAUAACUAAGAAUGAAGGACCAGAACUGCAAAAAGAUGAAGCUAAAACAUGCCUGACUGUGGCAAAUUCUUCUGGAGUUGAAAGUGAAGUUGCAGUUGAAGUGUCCUCCAGAGUUUCAGAGUUCAAAGUGAAUGAAAGCCAAGGCCACGUGGUUCCUGUAGAAAACUUAAGUAUUAACAAAACCAGUGUUCUACGUGAACAGAUCCGGCAUGAAAAUAAACCAUAUGUUCCUAGUCCAGCACUGCUGAUAAGAAGGCGGUUCCAAAAGGCUAAACCAAAUUUAGGAGGAGCACGGCAUAAAGAUGAGCAGCCAGGUGUAGAGAAAGGCCCAACCAGUGAGAACACAGCACUAACAACAGAAGAUCACCUGCUACAGAAGGGAGACUGUGAUACCCAGCUUUCUGUACAAGCUAGGGAAAAGACAGAAAUGCCUCUGGAGGUUUCCAUGAGGAAAGAUUGCGUACAUUCUGAAGAGUCGGGCUCUGACAGAAAUGACGCUCAGCUAAAAGCUGGACCAUCAGGAGGUGCCAGGGAAGAGAUUGCCCAGGAGCCUACAUUUUCUUCGAGCCUCGAAGAGCAGAGUCUCAGUAAACAAAUUAGCCGUCCACAACUAUUGAAAGAAUCAAGCUAUUCCAAAACUGUUCCUCCUCGAAGAACAACUGUCCCUUCUGCCUCUGAGUGUGAGAUAGAUCAUAGUGGGAAAAGAGCGCAUCGGAAGAUGAAAGCAAGUGUGACCAAAGCACGCGGAUCAAAACGAAUUCGAGGUAAGACUGCUAAGAAGGAACCUAGAGCUUCCAAGUCCGUGUUGGUGACUCUUCGGGCUUCUCAGAAAGACGAUGAAGAUGAUGCUGAGGAUUUUGAGUCUGACUAUGAGGAAGAAACCUGUCAUCUUGCCCCAGAAGAAUUAAACAAAGCACCAGUGUUUGUACCUGUUGGUCUCAGAUCCCCUGAACCAGUUUCUGCUCAGAUCGAGGAAACAAUGGAAGAGCUUGAGAUCACCAUGGACGGUGCAGACCUAGGAUGUUUGACUGUGGUUGACCAUCAGCUUUCACAUGUGGACAUAGCAGCUCGGGACGAGCAACCAGAGAAGGCUGUGUACCCGUCCUCAUUUGAAGUGGUCAUAGGUGAACAGCCCCAAGAAGAACCAGGUCCCGGUGAUGGGAGCACUGAAGCCGCCAUAACUCUACUUACAAUGGGAGACAUAGUACUGCAGUCAGAGAUCAUUCCUGGACAGGGUGAUGUAGGAGUAUGUGUAUUUCCUGAUGAUCAUUCAAAGGAUAAGAAUCAUGUUCCUUUUAUCCCAGAUAAUGUAAAUCAGAAAACUGUUCAUGACUAUCAGGAGGUGUGCUCACCUGUCAUUAGUAUGUCGCAUGUGUCAUUUGAAGACAACAAGAUUGUACUGGAGGAACAAAGCAUCAGAGAAGCUGCCGUGCUAGGAGAAGCCAUGGAGGAGCCUCUGUCAACCAGGGAUACAGCUUGUACAAUGAGUACCCCCUUGAGAAUGGAGAGUAUGCUUGUUACACCAAAAGCAGGUUCUGAGAGAAUUUUAGAGAUCAGUGAGCCUGAUGGUCAUCAGGAAGUUGCCAGUCUUUGCAUGACUAAAGGGACAGAAGUGGAAAUUCAAAGAGAAACGGAGGAAAAUGAUUCCACAGCUGUAGAAUUAGACGACAAAAGCCUUGAGCCAGUUCCAGCAGCAGAGACCAAGGAGCAGGAGCAGCUGCUGUGCGUUCAUGGUGUCGAAGGGGCCAGGGUUUCUCAAGAAGCAAUCCUACCUGCAAGAACUGAAGAGCACGAGGACGACUUGCAAGGGCUUCAAACGUUGGGCGCUGCAGUUGCUUCGUCUGAGAUAGGGCAGCACACACUUGAGUCAGGUCAGAGUCUUGGUGACAGUGUUGCUGAAGAAGCCCUCAGAGAAAGCCCUGAAGGCAGCGUUGUGCCCAUGCUUCAUGUGCCAGAGAGUGUACCAUCUAAUAUUCCAGAAGCCCAACACGAAAACAUCAGUCCUCAAGAUGAUACAGUGAAUCUGUUUGCUAAUGUUCAGCAAGAUGGAGAAGAUGAACAAGCAUUCAUUUUGACCUUGGUGGAGAUCCCAACUAACACAACAGAAGGAUUUACCGACGCCUCCAUGCACUUAAUGCCGAGCUCUCUGCUGCCAGCACCUAUAUUGGUCAGAUCUGGGAAUGCAGUAGAAAGAGUUGACCUGAGUGGGAGUUUACAAGCCUCUUCGGUUGUUCAGGAUGUUACGUGCUCGUCUCCUUCUAGAAGUGGCGAUUCUGAAAAGCCUCCUGCUAUUGUGGAGCUUACAUCUAGGAAGAGGUUUUGUUGCAGUCCUGAUGAAAGUAUUCAUGUUCCUCCUGCCAAAAAGUCCUCAAUUGCUCCAGGAAUUGAUUAUCAAAACUGUACCUCUGGGGUAUGUUCAGAGGAAUUAAAUGUUUUUGAGAAAACAGAGGAGUCUUGCAUGGGACAAGGCAUUUUCCCUACCUCAGAGAGCACACAUGCAACCUCAAAACCUCAAAAGGAACACAGUGAACAAACGUCUCAGAAUACAGGGUCAUCUGGGUCUCUUGGUGAAAUAAAAGAUGCAUGUGUAGAAAACACCAUGACUGAACUGCCUCAGAGUGAGGUAGUAUCUGAUAAAGAAGAGAAAACGGAUCCUGCUUCCAAUUCUAAACAGAGGGACAGCGUGACGUCAUCUUCAAAACCCCCUCUGACCAGACCUGGCAGAAGGCCUUUGGGAUUUUUAUCAUUAAUAUGUCCAAAAAAUAGUUUGGAAUCUGAUGAAGUGACUCAAACCCAUAGUAAGAAGCGACUAAAGCCUCAUAUACCUGUAUCACGACGAAAUUUGAAAAAACCUAAUCCACUUCAUGCAAGCCAGAAAAAAAAUCAAGAAUCUUCAGAUCCACUCCCACCACCAAGUGUGACUGAAACUGUCUCUGAUAACACUGGAAGUUCUGAAAGCUCAGCAGCUGAGGUUUCUUCUGAUCAGCCAUUGGUAGAAGAAGAAAAAUGUAAAAAUGGGCCAAAAGGAGCAUCUGAAGAAGAGGUGACCACAGUCUCAGAGUUCGUCUUCAGUGACAUCUUCAUUGAAGUGGAUGAAACAGAAUAAAGCUCUCUCCUGGGGUUUCCCCUUCUUUUUACUUUCUAUAUUUUUGUAAUGAGUUUGAAAUUUCCAGCGACCCUGACUUUAACAAAGCAGUGUUUAGAGAAGCACCACUGCCUAUUUUUAUUUAGGUCAAUUUUGAAUAUUUAUUGAGCUUCAUUUGAAGCUUUUAUAAUCAGUGGGAAACAUUUCAUUCUGAUUGACUUUGCGUUUUGGAAGUACCAGGCAAUGACGACUGGUGUCACCGACAGGCACUGCAGCUUGUUUACAUUUGAUGCCCUGUGAGAGCACACGCUGACGUGAGAACGGUGUGCAUACAUCCGUAUAAAAUCAUAGUGCUGACAUACUUGGAGCUCGAUUAUAUUUAACAUUUAGUAACCCCCUUUUAUAAAGGUGGCUGUGUUUUCUUUCUGUGGGGUUUUUUUUUUUUUUUGGUUAGUUUGUUUUUUUCUUUUCUUUUUAUUUUUUCUGUUUCUUGAGGGUGAUCUGUUGUCUAUAAGUAUAUGAAAGCAAAUUGUGAAACUCCACUUUGGUAUGGUAAAGUUAAAACUUUUCUAUUAUCUAUUUGACUGGAAAAAAUGUGUAUUUUUCUAAUUCAUGGUGAUGUAACAUUAGUCCUGAUUGAAGAUCUAGUAUUUAAACUUGUAUUUAUAAAGGUGACACAUCAAAGAGAUUAUUUAUUUUUAAAUUUUUUAUUUAAAAUAUAUCCCAAUUUAAUUAUUUUCACUUACCAGAUGUGGGUAAAGAAAGCAUUAACAAAUAAUUUGUCUCCUUUUCCUCCUUACUUUAAAAGCUAUUUUAAAAUGUCAUAAUUGAGACUGUUAAGGUAGUGUUGAUAUUUUGAAUACUUUUCUCACACUUUAGUAUAUUGAAUUUGUACUGUGAAUAUUUUUGCUUUUCUUACUCUAAUCUCAGGAUUUUCAUUGGAAGAAAAAUUAACCUAAAAGACAAAUUGUCCUUUAUAACUGAAUCUUUUUACACACACACACACACACACACACACACACACACACACACCCCACGUCCUUAAAACAGUUUAGUCCUACUAAAUUUUGUCCAUAGAACAUGUGGGCCUUUAACCCCAGAACAUGAUUCUGAUGUUAAAGCAGAAAAUAUGACAGGAAGACUUAGCAAAGCCAGUGAUGUCCUCAUUAUGAACUUGGGUGUUUUAAAUUUUUGUGUGAUUCAUGUGUCUUGUUCCCCUUACAAUUUUCCCCUGGUUCAAAUUAAACUCUUCGAAGAGCAAAUGUAUUCAAUUUUAUUUUAAAACCUCGUGCGUUGAUAUGAUUGAUGCAUUAGCUCGGUAGUUAGAAGUUUCUCCACAAAGCAUUCUUUGUGAGCUGUAGCCCGCAGGGCUUCCCGUGUUCAAGACUGGCCUUGCACUCUGUAGGUGAGAGUGUUCUUCAGCUUGUCCUCCUCCGCUUGGAGCACAGGGCUUUGCCCACCUUUAUGCCUUGCUCAGAGAAGAAGCCAUGGCUUUCACACGCUAGGCAAACACUCUGCCAUGUGGGGUUUCCCAGCCCCAGACUACAGGGGGUGAGAAUCAGAAGGUGCUGGUGUCUGUUUGUAGGAGCUAUUUGCAAAAUGUGCCUAAGAUUCAAAAACUAUGUUCAGUCUGUUAUGAAGUGAGCAAUACUUCAGUUGGAAAAUAUUUUUACAUCUAGGUAAAUUUUCGUUUUUCAUAUUGAUAAAAUGGUAACCACUUUUCAAAUUUCAAAGCAGAAGAAGAUAGAACUCAAUGAGUCUAGAUUGCUGACUGUUGAACUUCCUGGGACAUGUUUGUUGUGCUGUCUGUGGCUUGGAGUAAAACGUACAGUUCAGUGUUUGUUAUAAAGGAAGAUCUGUGAGUUGGAUGAAAUUCUCAAAUGUAUGCAUCUGUUUCAUGUGAUUAAUGUAACAAUCAUGGAGGUAAUUCACAUCGCUGUUUCAAUGCUGUUUUUGUUUUUAAAAUGUCAUGUUCUGUAAAGUUUUUUUUUCUUUUAAGUGUUACUUGGGUUAGAUCACCGAGACUCAACUAUUAUUUAUCCCUGUAUAUUUAUUUUUUUAACCUCUGACUCAUUCAUCUGUAAUAAACUGAUUUUAUGGAAGAUGUAAUUUAUUGUAUAAAGACUCCAGGGGUAUUUGUUGUAAAGAGAAUCAAGUUAGUCAACAAACUCUCCUGCUAUCACAGUCUCAAACCUGUGCAGGAAGGAGAAACACAAUCAGUGUGGUUAGCUUUAAGGCUUUGGGAAGAUUUGCUAUGGUGCACAGAGGUUGCAAGGAAUUUGUUGUAGAACUCUUAAAGGAGACGUGUGAAAGGAGUUUACCUUCUCCCGACUGUUUUCCUCUGAUCAUUUAUACCUUAGCAGAUGGCUGAGUCCUGGUUAAAAAGUCUAAUUGUUGGUAAACAAUUAAGGCAAGACAUAGAUGAAAAUAUUAAUAUCCAAUGUUUACCACCGUAUUAUUCUAAAUGCAAGUGACCAUGUAUAAUAUCUUGCUUGAAGAAGUUUUUGACAAAAGAAGCAAUAUCUAUCAUUUGUAAGUUUUCUUGUUCUAAAGAAAGCAGUUAUGUUCUGUAGAUAAAAUUUAUGUAAAUAAAAGUUAUUUUAUACCA